AAUUUUUAUAAUUACCAAAGAGUGUUUCUCAGGAUUACAAUUAACCAUAAUGGGAAUGGCCGGUUUCGCAGUAGCACUGAUGAUAAUAGGAAUGAUAAUCUCUCCUUGUGUCUAUGGAAAAGAGUUCUCUGAUCACGAGGAAAUCAAAGUACAAAGACUUUUGAAGCGGCUCAACAAGCAUGCUCUUAAAUCCAUUAAGAGCGAAGAUGGUGAUAUAAUAGAUUGUGUUCCAAUACAUAGUCAACCAGCUUUUGAUCAUCCUCUGCUUAAAAAACACACCAUCCAGAUGAGACCGAGCUUUAUACCGGAAAGUACGUCUACGUACACCAAGAAAAAGAUAAACGCUACUCAGGCGUGGAACAAGAAUGGAAGAUGCCCUAAAAAUACAGUUCCGAUAAGAAGAAUAAAGAAAGAAGAUAUCUUACGAUCAAAAUCUAUUAAGAGUUAUGGGAAGAAGACGACUCAAGGCAGCCCUGAAGGUACUACGGUUGAUCCAAGUAAAGGCCAUGAGUACGCGGUCAUGAAUUCCAUGAGCGGAACGUUUUUCGGGACACAAUUUUCAGUGAACAUCUGGAAACCAGAAGUUCAAGUUCCGGAAGAGUUCAGCUUGGCCCAGACUUGGCUCGUGUCUGGAGUUGGCACUGCUCGUAACACAAUUGAAGCUGGUUUGCAGGUUUAUCCAGGAAAAUAUGGUGAUAGUAAUCUAAGAUUAUUUGUUUACUGGACGGCCGAUGGAUACCAGAAUACAGGGUGCUACAAUAAUGACUGCUCAGGUUUCGUUCAAAGGAGCAAUCUUAUCACAGUAGGUGGAACCUACACCACCGUCUCAGAAUACGACGGAAAUCAAUACGAGCUCUCCAUACUUAUAUGGAAGGACGGGGAAAACUGGUGGCUACGGAUAGGUGAAGAGCUUGUGGGGUACUGGCCUGGCAAUUUAUUCAAUUCUAUAGGAAGUGGAGCUACGAUAGUUCAAUGGGGAGGUGAAAUCGUUAACUUGGAGACUGGUGGGCAACACACGACCACGGAUAUGGGAAGUGGCCAUUUUGCAGGUGAAGGUUAUAAGAAAGCGAGCUACUUCAGGAGUCUUAUGACAGUCGAUGGAACCAAUACUCUGAGUGCACCACAAGGAGUUUACCCCUUGACUGGUCAUGAUAACUGUUACAACAUUAUGGCAGGAGAUGCUGGAACUUCCUGGGGGGUGAAUUUCUUUUACGGUGGCCCUGGCCGGAACGAGAAUUGCCCUUGAUUUGGAUCUGCCUAGCUGCCCAUUGCUAGAACUUCCAGUGCUAAGGUGUUUGGUGUGGUUAGGCUAGGAACUCCUCUUUCCGACUUGUGUGCUUUUUAUGUAUCUGACUAUGAACGUGUAAGUAAGAAAAAUAAUUCACGUCACUGAUGUUAAUAUUAUCUGUCUUCGGAUAAUACGUGUGUAUAAGCUUUUCGAGUUUCGCGUGCUUGUAAUUUGAAUAAUAAUAUGUUUGACAA